CCUACUCAUUCAAGGGUUUUCUUUAUUUUUACUCUUUUCUACAUUGUAGAAUAAUAGUGAAGACAUCAAAAGUAUGAAAUAACACAUAUGGAAUCAUGUAGUAACCAAAAAAGUGUUCAGAUAUUAGAUUUUUCAAAGUAGCCAACCUUUGCACACUCAAACUUUUGACUGGUACUGUAUAUAAAUAAGGUAUUUAUGUUUUUUAUUUUUUAAUACAUUUGCAACAAAAACCCUUUGCUUUGUCAUUAUGGCAUAUUGUGUGUAGAUUGAUGAGGACAUUUGUUUAUUGAAUCCAUUUUAGAAUAAGGCUGUGAAGUAACACAAUGUGGAAAAAGUCAAGGGGUCUGAAUACUUUCCGAAUGCGCUGUACAUCCCAUUGCCGAGUAUAAAACAAGGCUAAGUAGGGUCUAUAGGCUAUGCAAUAAAGCCCCAAUAAAGCCCUUUCUGGGGAGUUUUUCCCAGCCAAGAGCUUCUACAUCUGUGUUGCUCUCUGGGGUUUUAGGUACGGUUUCUGUAUAAGCACUUUGUGACAACUGCUGUUGUAAAAAAGGGCUUUAUAAAUAAAUGUGAUUGGUUGAUAGCCUAACCAUGUCAAUGUACGGUCUUUACCACAUGCCAGCUGGCCAUAGACCGAGGUCUUUUCACACACUGAAUAACGAAGGAAGGGGUUGGGGGGUUCUUGUCCGUAAGAUGUCGGCACAAAUAGGAUAAUAACCUAAAUGUACUCUUGAUUCCGGAUUCAUGAAAAGACUGCGUUUUGGGGAAAAUGACUAAGUGUUGAAUUUUGAAGGAAGGCAAUUUUAAGCUUUCAUCUUUAAAAGCUUGUAACGUUUUAAUCACGCCUUGCAUCUUUAAGUAGACCCUACCCACAGGAGUUGAGUUAGAUCAAUGCGUUGAGUUUAAUAAAUUGCAAUACGUUAUCUCAGUGGGCUAUCAGAGGCCCUCACUGAAAUCGCAUCUGCUGAGAAAUGCAACUUUUAAUUGAGAACAUCAAUCCCGAGUUAAUUCUCUCUCCACUUCUAGCCCCUCACCCUUUAUGAAAUAGGCUGAUCCUUACACCGUGACAUCCUCCAAUCAGAUAUCUUUCCACUUCAAGUAGAGCGAAAAGGGAGGUGGAAGCUCGGCCUGGUGUAUAAAACCGUUUUCGCGUGGGAUUUUUGUACCAAUGCAACCUGCAACUCCUCUGCUAGCCAAGGCCGAGUGACGCUACUAGGCUAGAGCGACACGAAGAACGCGGGACGACCCCGUGCUGGUGUGUGGAUUUCACUAGAGUGUGACAACGAGGGGGAAUUCCCAGCAGCGGAGCGUGAAGCCAAUGCUGCUGCCGCGGCCUUAGAGCCCAAGCAGACGUGCGCUGUCCAGCCGCGGUGGUGCUGAAACGCCGGCAUCGAUCCUUCCCUCAGUGACGUAGGGAGAGAAGGGCAAGGUUUGGCUACAGGCAGAUAGAAUACACUGGAUAUUAAUAUUGUAAUGAUAAAACCGCGCAAAGACUACACAGAAGCCAUAUAGAACAUACAGAACUCACAAGCAACCAAGCAUUAACAAAAAGCAAGUGAAAACUUGGAAGAACGGGUUGGACUUUUCCCCGCCCUCGGUGUCACUCGAGGGUUGUGAGCAGCACGCCGUAUCCUUGCGGAACCCAGAGAAGAAUCCGGGGAGAGACAGGAGAGACUUCAGAUCUAUAAGUGGCAGUCGACGGUCCUACGUUGCGCGUGGACUGGAGCGAAGCAAACUCAGUGUCUGACCUGGCGCUCUUCGGAAACACCCGGAUCUGCUUGGCUCACAGACUCAUUCUCCACGCGCCCCUAGGUAAAUGUUGAAGACACCGUUGAAAUGUUACCAAAAUCGAGAAGAGCACUUACCAUUCAAGAGAUUGCGGCAUUAGCCAGAUCUUCAUUACAUGGCAUUUCCCAGGCGAUGAAGGACCAUGUGACACGGCCCACAGGCAUGGCCCAGGGCAGGGUGGCCCACCUGAUAGAGUGGAAGGGCUGGUGUAAGCCCACUGACACCCCCGCAGCUCUGGAGUCUGACUUCAACAACUACUCUGACCUCACUGAGGGAGAACAGGAGGCCCGCUUCGCUGCAGGUGUGGCGGAGCAGUUUGCCAUAGCGGAGGCUAAGCUGAGAGCCUGGUCGUCUGUGGAUGGAGAUGACUCUAAUGACGACUCUUAUGAUGAGGACUUCAUUCCUGCCAACGAGCCCACAACACAAAGCACGGAGGUGCCCCCCUACCUGAGGGACCUUCUUCACAGUCAGGUGUGUCAGCACCUGGGUCUGCGGGGGCCGUGCUGCGAGGGAGCAGGUAGAGGAGACAGGCCCUCGCCCACUUCCACAGACACCAUCUGCUCCAGCCUCUGCAGCCUGGACGAGCAACACCCCUUACUGCGAGAUCUCACCCAUCACUGCGGCAACAACUACGGUAACGCCGCCGAGCUGGCUGCCAAGAUCCUCUCGGCCCUGCAAGGGGGAGAGGAGCUGCUGUUGGCCCGCCUCCAGAGGGUGGAGCAGGGGGUUAGAGGGGGAGGGGACUUCAACAUCCUGGGGGGUGCGAGGGGCCGGCCAGGGGGGGAGGAAUCGCCCUGCUACUCUGUGACCUACUCCGAGACCUACCUGUCACCCGGGGAGGACGACGAUACGCCCUGCAAAGACUACGAGGGCACCGUGUGCCAGGGAGAAGGAGAUGGCGAGGUGUACCCACCUGAUUAUGCCACCCACAGGAAGGUCUCAGACGUAGCCUCCUCCGGGGUGGUGUCUCUGGACGAGGAUGAAGAGGAGGAAAAGGAGGAGGAGGAGAGGGAGAGAGAGCAGGGAAACCAAUGUCAUUGAUUUUUGUUUCAUCCAUUGUUUCUCUGUCCAUCUCUCCGUCCCUCACAUGGCCUCUGAUAUGUUAAGCCUGUCCAUCUCUCCGUCCCUCACAUGGCCUCUGAUAUGUUAAGCCUGUCCAUCUCUCCGUCCCUCACAUGGCCUCUGAUAUGUUAAGCCUGUCCAUCUCUCCGUCCCU